CGGGUGAUGGCCCGGGCUCAUGUAGCAGUACCAGCCAGCCAUCUCACCAUUUGCAUUCAUCCAGACUGUUGGAAACAUCACGGCUCACGAUGAUGGCCCUGUUGUUUCACGCCAAGUUUGCCAGUUUGCCCGUGCUAGUACAAGAUGCCGCCUGUGGCUGUCCGGUGCCGUGGCCACGGGGUCCAAUUACAUGGCAACUCGUCGAUCGGGAGGCUUGCAAGGUCCAACUAGUAUUGAUCUUAGUCGGCGACGUGGUAAGGGCAAGGCCACUAAUAUAGGCCGCGUGCUGCAGGGAGGCCAGCCCAUGGACCCGAUAGAGGCGAUUUAGAAUUGCAAUUACGCUUGCAAAGGCGAUAGUGAAGCGAGACGGCCCCGGGGUUCAGUUUCUAUUCGUUGCCGGGCUUUUGGCGUGCCGGCCGAUGCACAGAAGAUGACCCGAUCGACGCGGAUACAUGUACGUGUGUAAUCGCGGCUUGGUGUUCAGUCCCCCGCAAAAAGCAGCCAUCGUGGGAUUCGCUCAACUGGCACGCAUUACGGCUGAAAAGAUAAUCACGACGGUGUCUUGUUAGCACGAGCACUACCACUGCUAGUACCACUGCUAUGCCAUACUUGUCUUGUUUACAUCAAAUGUACAUGUAAUCAAUCAAUUUGCUUGCUUGAAGCGGUAGGCGCCCCAAAAAAAAAAGCAGAGAUGGAUGCCCCCUUGUACGUGCUUAUAUUGCUCUUUUCCGCCCCCAGAAAACAACGGCCUCCCUUCAUCACCUGCUUCCCUGCAUGUGUGGUGUUCAGGUGGACAUGGGGCAGCGCAGACAGCUGUACCUUGGGCACGGUCCGGGAGUGCUACGACGACGGGGUGCUGCCUUUUGUGUUGCUUUGGAUCAAUGUUGCUAUUGGACGGCACAUGUGUAUGCGGACUAGCUUCCUCGGCAUCGCAUCCUUCUGAGGAGCGAAUUGAGUGAGCGUUCUGUAUCUACCUAUGGAGCACAUGCAGGUAUAGUUGCUGGAAGGGCCCAUUUUACAUCGUAUCAAUAUAGAUACCAAAUACGGAGUAAUUGCCAGAUAGGCAGGCCAUCGUGUAUGCAUAUCUUGAUCGUAUAGGGGUUGAUUGCUAGAGGCUAAAGGCUGCUAGCAGCUUACGGACGGCCGCGAUGGCCUCGCAGGUAUUAGUGCUUGCACCAGCAUUAAACGCUCCAUGCUAGCAGCAGAAUACAAGAAGGUGCAAGAGGACAGACAAGCAUGAGUAAAAAUCCCGUCAGGUUGACUCAGAUCACACUGGCGUGCUCUUCCCGCGGUCCAAGACGAGCAUAGUUCGCGGAGGAUACGGGGUAGCAUUGGCGGUUCCCAUCCGAACACUUACAUGCCCGGCUUCCUACGGUUAUGGCUGCGUUGACGCCUUGACGCUACGCACGUAUUUCGAAAGCUGUAGGUUCGCCGUGUAUUGUACAUUGUAGUCCAGUGUAGUUGACGGGAGUUACCGUUGGUACUUUGCCGUAGUACUA